AUGUCCGACUCGGCUGGAUGGAGUCUUACUGAGUCUGACCCGGGCGUGUUCACCGGCAUCCUGAGCGAGCUGGGGGUGCGCGGUGUCGAGGUCGAGGAGCUGUGGGGCCUCGACCAGGACCUGCUCAACGACCUGAGCCCGCUGUACGCCCUCGUCUUCCUCUUCAAGUGGGUCGGGCAUGCCGACCCGAACACGAUGGACGGCAAGCUCGAGGAGCCCGCGCAGCCUCACUACUUCGCUCACCAGGUCAUCAACAACGCCUGCGCGAGUAUCGCCUUGAUCAACGCGACGCUCAACAUCCGCAGCCCGGACGUCGAGCUCGGCGAGGAGUUGAGCAACCUGCAGGCGUUCUCCGAAGGACUGGAUCCCGAGACGCGAGGCUGGACGCUCAGCAACUCGGAGAAGCUGCGCGAGGUGCACAACUCGUUCGCCCGUAGCGACCCGUUCCACCUCGAGGAGCACCGGCCGCAGGACGAGAAGGAGGACGCGUACCACUUCAUCGCCUACCUCCCGAUCGGCGACAAGCUUUUCGAGCUCGACGGCCUCAAGGAGACGCCCGUCUCGCACGGCGACAUUCCUGGCGGCGCCGCAAACUGGACCUCGUUCGCUCGACAGGUUCUCGAGCGCCGCAUCGCUACAUACCCGGCCGGCGAGGUCAUGUUCAACCUUCUCGCCGUCACGGGCCGGCGACAGGCGCUGCAGAAGCGGCUCGCCGGCCUGCCUGAGGGCGCACCGGAACGGUUCGAGGUCGAGGAGAAGCUGCAGGGGAUCGAGGAGCGGUUGAAGGACUGGGAGGUCGAGAACACGCUCCGACGACACAACUACAUCGGCCUGGUUCACGCGCUCCUGCACGAGUCGGCCAAGCAGGGCAAGCUCACGUCGCAGAUGGCCGAGGCCAAGGAGAAGAUGAAGCAGCGCGUGGCGGACAAGCGGGCCAAGGGCGAGGCAAUGGACGAGGACUAGGGGGCUCGAGAGAGCUCCCGGUGUGCAACCUCUUGCUCAGCGGCGAUUUCUGCGCG